GUUUCAUUAAAUCGAAAUUUGUUAUAGUAUAAUAUUAAAAAAUUAUAUCCACAAACAAAAAAUUUUAAACAAUAAAGUGAAAAAAAUUCUAUAAAUAAGUGAGAAAUUAUUUUUCCAAAAAUGUUAUUAUUUUAAUGAAAAGAAGACUUACUAGCUAUUAAAGCAAAAGUCUCCCUAACGUUAAAAUGAAGCAUACUAACAUUUUUAUUAGCCAAGUGGUAAAUUUGCAAUUCUCAUCUAUUACAAAUUUAAUUAUUGUACUGGGAGAUUUAUUACACAACGAUACAGAAUUUUCUGCACUUGAGGAGAAAUUUGAACCAAUUCCGAUUGUCAAUUAUCUUUGUGAUUUUAUGGAUAAAAAUAUUCAAGAGGAAAAUAAAAUAUUAGCUCUAGGACAUAAACUAUUGCAAGAAACGGACUUAUAUGGAUCCAAAUUAAACGAAACUCUUGAUUUCAAGUUCGUUAAUGCUGUUUUAAAUCAUAUUAUUGAAAACACUGUAUUUUCAAAAUUUGGCAAUACUUUCGGAUACUUGUCCGCGAUAGUUAAUUCAGCAAAUAAUCUCACAUUAGAAUCGAUAAAAGAAAGAAUUAUAAGAAAUCUUCAUCAGCAAAUAUUUCUAAACGAUAAUGGAACGUUUUUCACCCUCUCCAAUAUAACCAUUGCGAGAAUAACUGAAAACAUUAUCUUUCCACUUUUCCCCAAAACAAAGAAGUAUAUAAAAAUUAUUGAUUUUAAAUACCUUUAUGCUCAAGCCGGAUGGUUAUUAUUACACAAUGCUCAAAAAAAUACUAAUGAUACUAGUUUUUCUAAAUUAAUUCAACUGGGACUUGACGUAGAACAAGGAGUAUUUCAAGGUAACAUAGAUCCAAGUGCGCUGCAAAUUUUUAAACUACCUGCACUGUUGUACUAUACUCAUCACAAGGAACAUGGAAUCAAGAGAAAAAAUUUAAAAAGCAUUAUGGUAAGCACAAUUUUUUGGCAAAAAGUAUAUAGACGAUUUUUUGCAGAUUUGAAUGUCACAAUUGAAAAAAUGAGUAUAUUCCAUAAACGAAAUCCAUCUUUUCAGUUUCAAACAGCAUUUGCCAAUUUUCAAAAUCGAACUGCUUUGGCAGAGACUAUUUUGCGUAAAAAUUGUCCAAAUAUAACUGAUUAUGAAAGCGAAAUUAAUGAUUACAAAAAUAAUCCAACGGAUUAUUAUUGUAAUAAGCAACUACAGCCAAACGUUAAUGAAAUAUUCUUUAAACAAAAUAGAAUCAUUGCCGAAAAGUAUUACUAUUAUGAAAAGCAUUUAAUUAACCAUGUAUUUGAUGACGAUUUAAAAAAAUUUAUCGAUCAAACAAACGUGACAAUUAAACCGAUUAAAGAUUUUUGGAAUAAUCAGUGUUUGAAAUGUGCUAUCCUUUCCCGCAGACCGAUACUAAGUGAUGGAAUAGAUUUAUUUCAAAUUAGCGACGGAGGAGAGAAGAAAAUGAUAUAUGCUUUAAUUCGUAGUACAAAUGGUAUGAAACUGGUGCCUGCUACAGAUAUGAAUUCGUUUUUACAGAAUGAAAUAGGACUAAAUACUAGGGCGAAAUUGGACGUACCUUUUAUGGCUGAAGAUAUGAAAUCCGCAUCGGAGGAUGAUAAUUUUAAUACAUUUGUAACAUACAUUGCUAAAUAUAGAGAAAAGAAAUUUUUGGCUAAUCUAAAAAGUGCAGGUUACGAGGCUACAACAGUUGAAAAUGUGGCUAAUUUUUUUAAAAAUCUUGUUCCAUUUUACUCUUGUGCUGAAGCGAUGUUGAACUCCGAUACUGCAACACACACAGCUGUUAUGGCUUGUAUUUUCGAUUCUUUAGUAUUUUUACCAGUUUUUGGACUUGGAACAUCCGCUGGUAUGAAAAUUACUUCGGCCACAAUGAGAUCAACGGCAUUAAGAUUAGGUGCACAUAUGGAGACGUUGACUUUAAAAGAAGCCUUUAAAGCUAUAAUGAAAAUUGGAUUUCGUAUUAUUGCCACUGACAUCAUUGACUCAUUCUCACAAAUAAUCACAAAGGAAUUCAUUCAAAAUUUCGGAAUUACGAUACUUCGUUCUUUGGAUCCCGGAAUUGAGUUCUCGUACGUCUUAACUAAAGCUGGUGUAAAAUCGCUUUUGAAGAGCUGGGAGUUCCUCAGAAAGCAAUUUUCGGUUAAAUUCUUGGAUCAUCUGAAAAGUGUUAAAAUUGGAACUUACAAGGGUUAUGAUGUACAUGUGCAGAGCUUUACUGGUAAACAGGGGUUUGGAUUAAAAACAAUUGAUUACCAAGAUAGAAUUGUAGAAUUAAGAAGAAUUCGUGGUUAUGCUGAUGAAAUGCCUGUAGUUGUGAUUAAUAACUCAAAAAGAAGUAAUAAAUACAAAAUAAUAGAUCUAAAAACAGGGGAGCUUGGUGAAACAAUAUGGGAGGAAGGAGAUCAAACUUUGAUUGUUGCUGAUAAACCAUUAAGAUAUCAUUUGAAAAUUAUUCAAAGGGAAGGUUUUGGUGGUAAAGGUGCCCUGAAAAACUGUCGGUUCAGAUUUAAGGCAUACUAUGAUGAUGAAAGGAGUAAAUCUGAUGCAUUAAGUAUAGUAUGGAGUAUGAAGCUUAAGGCACAGAUAUAUAAUUCUUUAAAAAAUCAUGUUUUUAAUGACGAAAUGAGAUCAGCUAAAGAAUUUGUGGAGUAUUGGUUAAUUCAUGGAAACUUUCCGGCGUGGAGCAUAUCUUAUAAAUUAGUGGAUACUGAAUUUUAUUUUAAAUUAAGAUUUGGUAGUCUUCUUGAAGAUCUUAAGUUAAGUAGUGAAAGAGCAAUCAAAGGUGUGUUUGAUCUUUAUGGACAGCAGUAUGUGAGGGAUGUGAUAGAUGUUGAUGCAGAAAUUUUAUUUAAUUUUUAUGAAAACCGUAUGCUGUAUGGUGUUAUUUCAUUUAAUGAUCAAUUUGCAAUUGCUAAUUAUGUAAUAUCAGGAUACAAUAGAGUAUACCUAGAUGAUUUAGAAGCUUUACAUAUGAGACGUGCGCUUUACACAACUGCGUUAAGGCAAUAUGAUAAUUCUGUUAGGUUUUCUAAUUUUAUUAAUGAUUUUUUGUACACAGUGGAUCUAAAACUUGCCGCUGAUGUAUUUCCAUUAAAUAUAGGUAAAAUUAUGGAUAUAAAUCAGUUUAUGGUUUUGUCUCUUAAGAAAAAUCAUUUGCUUUCACGCUUUAUAGGGGUUGUUGAUAAUUCUCUAGUGAAAGUUUUGCAUCAAAUAAAACUUGAUCAUCAUUGUUUAGCAGUAUUUGUGCAGGAAUAUUUGCCAUUUAGAGUUGAAGAUGUCGUUCUUCUUCCUGGAAUUAAAUUACGUUUAAAUUACUGGGAAUAUGAUACAAUUAAUGGAGAGAAUAUAGUUGUGAUAAAUUGGAAGAAUGUUGAGUUUGAUAAAGCAAAAUGGUUAACAGAUACAACGAAUAAAAUUAAAUGCAUAAUGGAUCAAGAGCAAGUUGCAAUAGAACUUGAAAAUGAUGUUCUUAAUGACUUUGAUACAGCUCUAUUACCAUAUUAAUAUGUAAUUAUUUAGAUACUGUAAUAUAAUGACGACUCUUUUCUUGAGGUGAUUAAUAACAAUUUGUACUCCGUAGAACUUAA